AUGGAAGCAGUGUACUUCUGGCGAGAGUCAGACCCUGAGCUGGGCUGGCUGUCGCAGUGGUAUGACUGCCCAUUUCGCGACGACGAGAACCCUGAGAGAAUUUAUCAGACAGCAGAACAUUACAUGAUGUACCAAAAAGCAAUUCUGUUUGACGACAACGAAGCCGGCCGCAAGGUUAAGGGCUUCAGCGACAAGAAGUGGACGGCCAACAGAGAGGUGAUUGUGCGCAAGGGAAACCUCCUAAAAUUCACAAAUGCUGUGACAGAGAAGGGUCUUUGCAAGGGCACUACGGAAGACAGCGCUCCGAUUGAGGGUUCACUCAUGGACAUGCUGCUAGCGACGGGAACCAAGGAGCUGGUCGAGGCGAGCCCGACGGAUCGCAUCUGGGGAGUAGGAUACAGCGCGAGGAAUGCACCGGCGAACCGAGCGAAAUGGGGGAAGAAUUUACUUGGCAAGGUGCUCAUGGAGGUGAGGGAGGUGCUGCGACAGACCUGA